AUGUCGCUCGCCAUGAGAACUAUUGGUGUGGCUCGCACGCAAAUUCGUUGUGCCAGCUUUCAAUCAGUCCCUACCAACGCUGGAAAGGUUUCAGUAGUUUUCGGUGUGGUUCCAUUCCUAAUAUUUCCGAUUUAGACGCCACCAACCCUUGAGCAAUUCGACCCUCUGAACCCCGGAGAGUGGCAACUUGGAGUGGGGUUUUUUUUCCAUUUAUAUUGAAAUUUUUCCAUUUUGUUUCGAAGAGAGAUUUUAUUCAUUGUAGGCUGGUGGAAAAAUCCUUCCGCGUCUUCCAGAAGGAACCCGAUGCGGAAAGCUUGUCAUGGGAAAGUACGGACUUUAUGAUCCCGUGCUCCGAAAACGCGUCAACACUUAUGCGGUUUGUAAUUCAUGAUUUUGUGGUUUAAUCUAUGUUUUAUUUAUAUUGCGAUAAUGAAAAAAUUAUAAAAGUUAUAAGUCGAUUCGAGAAUCCCUGCUAACAGGGAAAUUCAUUUAACUUUGCGGCUGGGGUCCUCAAAUUUUGUCACAACACGUUUUGAUGUACCUGAUGAAGAUCAUGAGAGUCUCAACCUGCACAACUUUAUGGUUUUCGAGAAAGAAAACCCGCAAGUUAAAGAGAACAAACAAAGAUCGUUAGAAUUGGCUUUUUUGGGGGUUGGAGUCAUGAUUUUGUGAAAAAAAAAAGUCGUACAGGUUUAGAUUUCCAGGAUCUUCUUUUGGUACAUAAAAUUGUGUUCCGGCCAGUUUCCAGAAAAUUCCAACUACAAAGGGAAAUUAUCUUCUUUGGGAGGUGUUUGAAGGAUAAUAUACUAAUUUAAUGUGUUUCUUGAGGCGAAAGAGCUUUUCAGUGUUUUAUCAAGUCUUGCAAUACUUUCAUGCUUUUUCAAUUCCUCAGCAAGGGUUUCGAAUCGAACUUUGAGUGUUCAUUUUUUGAAAAAUAAAAAAAAAAUAAUGUGAAAAAGUUACUUUAAAAUCAAUUAUUGAAGACUUUUUGGGUUGAAGUGAUUAAUAGUUUUAAGAUUCGAAAAAGAUGACUAGAUUUUUGGUUAGCCAGAGAUAAUUUUGAAUUUCGCAGAAGUUCAUUGAGAGUGGCAUAAAUGGCUCACAAUUGUUGAAUAUUUUUUUUUUCUAAACUGUAUCUUCGGGCUUUUUCACUCACCACUAUAAAAGUUCAAACAGUGAGUGUGCGGGAAAAUGUCAAAAUUUUGGGCCUUAAAACCAAACAGAACAUUUAUUUAGGAAAUAAAGAGAUUAUUUCUUCAAGUUGUUAGUUUUUCAUAUUUUAUAGAAUGAAAAAACGCGGAUCGAAGUUUUGAGAGAGUAAAAAAAAUUUUUUUUUAUCAUUAAUCAUUGCAUAAAAAAAAAACUUCUUCGCACUUUGUUGGUGUUUUUUAGUUUGAAAAAAUUCAGUUUUUGAAGAAUCCUCGAAAACAUGUUAUUUUCCAGACCGCUCUUCUCGAUGGAAAGAAAUCCGAAGAAGCCGGACCUUUCGAUCGUGCCGUCACCAACAUCGCCAAGGUUCUUGGUAAGAUACCAUUUUUGUUUUAUUUUUUUAUUGACUCAUUCUUUGGUUUGAAAACAAAUUUUCAACAUAUUCUCUUUUCAGCUAUCAUGAGCUUCAUUAUUGGCCUUUACAAUCUUGCAAGUUUGACCUACGGCAAGCCCCUGCCGCCACUCAGCAACAUCAAGGCCCCCGGAUCAUAA